AUGAACAAAAGCAAGCUUCCACCAGAAAUUCGAAACGCAAUUUACGGGUUCGCUUUUACUCGUUCAGCCAUCAAGAUCGUCGGCAAGCCGGUUUACAGCCACAGACUCGGCCGUUCGAAAUUCCGCUGGAAGCGCGAGAACGUGCGACAUUCUCACUCGCGUUGGGAAUCACGCAAUGAAGCUGAAUCUUUGCCGGUCGCCUUCCUCCGAUGUCGCAGGCGAGUCCAUGCCGAAGCGCGUGCAAUGCUCUACGCCAACAAUUUCGAGGUGCAAGACAUGGAGACACUCGCCGUCUGGCUGAAAGACUUGGGUGGCAACAUUGCCUGCCUGCGGAACAUUGGGCUGGGAACCGAGCCUCAGAUUUGGGCGCCACGACCGUCGAGUAAAACCAGGGCUCAACAGAACCGUUAUCGGGAGGUCUGUCGUAAGGUUGCCAAGAUGUUGGCGGGUGCCGAAAAUCUUCAAGCUCUGCGGAUGGUGUUUCUCUACAACCACAUGAUGGGCGCUCCGGCUCUGAGCGCUACUCUCAAACGACCUGGACCUGUCUCGGGCUGGAUCGAUCUUGCUCGUCGGGUUGCAGAGGCACUGUACCAUGACUUUCGGCCGGUGUACUCAAAGAACCUAACGCGGGGUCAAACACCGGAAAAGCUAUCCCGUGUCUUACAAGUAAGCCGGAACAACUGGUGGGGUUAUCGGCAUGCGUCAGAUCCGCGCCAGCUCAAUGCCAAAGAGGCUGGAGACGCCGAAAGGGAGGUUCUUGAGCAUUUGAGACUGCUUUUGGAAAGAAAUCUCUAUUUUCGACUGAAUGGUCAAUCAUGA